UUCUAUGGUUAAUGUAUUGAAAAUCAUGUUUUUGAGCAUAAAAAGGCAACAGCAACAACAACUAUUAAACCAUAAUCCUUAUAUACAACAACCCCUGAAAAAUUCCCAAUACCAGUGCAUUAAAUAACAUUAAUAUUUGCAAAAAAAAAAAUACAACAAAUUAAAUUUUUCAAAAAAUUUAACAUAAAAAAAAGAAACAAAUCAUAUAAUAUAAACCUAAAUUAAAUCAUUUACAAAUUCCCAUGUCUGGUCUUGGACGCAAUGUUGCCAACAACAUGUUGUUUACAUGUAUUAAACUUUUACUAUUUAUCGCCUCAUUUAACAAUUCAUCAGCACUUGCUACUGUGGAACCUUUGAGUACACCCGAUAAUUUACCCACUUCAGCUGAUAUUAUGGCUUCAGAGGCUAGAGGUUCAAUUGAUCGUAUUGAUACCAUAAGUAAUUUAUUACCACAUCCUGCUAAUUUUCUUUUGGAUAAUAUUGUUUCUACAGCUGGUUCAACAGCUGGAAUUGUGACAUCGGUCAAUUUGACUAGACAGCAUGAUGGCGAUAUAUUUUGGACAAAUGGUGUUAAUUCGUGUAAUGCGGAUACCUGUGUGGGCCUUUCCAGUGGCACGGCCUCAUGGCUGGCGAAGGGUAUUAAUAAAAUGGGUUCAUUGGUUGAUGCCACAGGCGGCAGCAAAUCGCAAUUAGAAUUAUUGGUGCGACAAACACAGCAUAAACUUAAAGAUAAGUCAUCGUCAUCAGCAGCUACGGCUGCAUCGACAGCAGCCAAUGCCAAUGGGGAAAGUUGCCAGUGUCGUUGUUUGCCAUACUUGAAUACAUAUCGUGAAGAUCUUGGCAUAUGUGUAGACGAUAUACAUGAAUGCACCUUAUCCCCCUUUGUCAGUGGUUCUUCUUCGGAGAAAAUACCUUUUGUUUUUCUACCCCUAAGAGGGCAAAUCAUCUAUCCCAGUCGAGAAAUAAGUUUUGCAGAUAUACGCACACCUGUAUGCGCUGUCACGGGAGCUCAAUAUUUAACACCCAAUGGCUGGUCGGAGCUACGCAAUCCCAUAGAUACUGAUUAUCCAUUUCGCAUGUUUCGUGAUGAGGGACGCACUUUUUUGCAGUGGUUGGGCGAAGCCGAUCUGCGCCAUAAAAUGCAAGGUCGUCUUAUUGUUGUUCAUUUAGUGUGUCGUGAUAUGACACUGUCACUAAAUGCCACUGCCUCAAAUGAUCAUUUGAUGCCGCCCAAAAAUGUUUUCUCACCUUGUGUGGCUUUUCGUGUCAACGGUAGUCCAGUUAAAUAUGCUAAUAAUGUUUCCGAAGUUCUCUUUCAAGCUGAGGCCACUACCACACUCGCCUCCACCUCGGAUGGUAUGAGCACCAAAGAAUAUAUAGUGAUUGGUGUUUGCAGUCUUCUACUGGGACUCAUCUAUGUCUCUUCGGUAUUUCUCUAUUUGCAUAUGAAAAAACGUAAAAGUCGUGAUCAAAGUCGCAGUCGCAAUUCAUUGGAUGAUUUGAAUAAUGAAAUAAAUUAUCCGAAAAAUGAUCAAGUUACCUUUGGAGCGCCCUUCACACGUAGUGGUAGUUUAUAUUCAGCUGGUUCGUUGACCACUUCCAAUGAACCUAGAUCUCGUGCUUCUUUGAGUAGUAUGAAGGAGGAAAUGGGUAUAGUUAAGAAUAAUCCAUUGCUGCAACAUUUUCCCCAACUAAAUGAUCAUCAUUCUGGCUUCACUAGCGAUAUAUCGAAUUCGAAUUCAGAGUGUGAAAUGGAUGGUGGUGGUGGUAAUUAUCAUGAUAAAGUUAAACAGAUGCAAACAAAUGCCUUGGUACAUCCCCAAAUGGGCAUGAUGAUGAAUAAUGGUUCACCCAAGGGCUCUCACCAUUCUUCCAAUAAUGGUGCCCAGAGUCAGGGUAGCAAAGAAGAUGAUGGCUUAGAUUCUAAUGCCAAUAGCCAAGAGAAUGAAUGUUUACCGCCAGAGAAUGUGGCAAUAAUAGAAGAAAUGAUGACCGAGGAGAAGCUAGAAAGCUUAAGGGCCAUGGUUAAUGGCAAUAUACGUAAGAAAUUAUAUUUCAAUCCUGCCUAUUUUGAACCUCACCUAUUGGCGCAACCACCUCCAGCAGCCUUGGAAUUUUUACAGAAAAUUCGUGAAGUUAUAGCCAUAGCUAAGUAUAAAAUGGCCACAAAAAGAUAUCAACCCUCCUUGACUCUUAUACCUGAAGAGGGUACACCGCGCAGUAAUACACCCUCAGUUUAUGGCUCACAAUUGCAUACUCCCUCCGAGUGUCAGGGUUGUGUGACAAAUCGCUGUAGUGGUCAUGUUAAGAAUUGUGGCGAUAAACGUAAUAGCAUAGAGAAAUGGUUGGAAACUGUACAGUCUACGGAAGAUAAUCGUUCAACAGAACAGGGUUCUAGAGACGCUAAUGCAAAUGAUAAAGAACGACAAUCUCCCAGUAGUAGUGGUUCUAGUAAAACACCAGAGGGUUUGAAAUCGCCCAAUAUGACCCCAGCGGGCAAACGUAUAACACCACCUAAGCAAAAACCACCACCACCUCCUAUUCAUAAGCCUGGUAUGGCUUCUAAUCAACUGAGAAACCAAAUUAUUAAUCACAAUCUUAUAGAAGAAGAAUCUCAAUAUAAUACUCCAACAGAUAAUAGGAACUCUUCUUCCAUUUAUCAAAAAUCUCGAAACUCUUUAAAUAUACCAGUAAUGCAACACAAACUAGAUGCUUAUUCGGCUCUAACUGCCUCGGCUCAUAUGUAUGGUUUUGCCGAGACGGGCGGAGAGAUUUAUAAUAAUCCAAAAUUUAUGCUACACGAUUCACCAGCAGCUUCCCAAAGAAGUCGAAGCUCCUCCCAGCGUUCGAAGAAUUCACGCAAACGACUCGAUGUACUCGAUCAGUACGCGGCCGCCUCGACACCCACAUCUUUGUCUUCUACCGAGAGACAACACUACAAUAUGCUGCGCAGCAUGGAACAAAUGAACGAUCAUUUAGACUCGAACACCUUGGAAAGAAUACAUCAAGAGUACACCGCCACUCUAAGAUCUAAUGGUAGUUUUAAUUUGGAUAUACCCACUCCAGAUUAUGAUUCCACCAUGGAGAAGAAGAUAAAGGAUAUUUAUAAUAAUACCCAAAGUAGUGGUCCUUCGGUACCCACUCCCGAUUAUAGUUCUCUAAGUCGUAAAUCUUUGAAACAAUAUCAACCCGAUUCUCCCAUUUAUAGAAGAAAGUCGCCGCAAUAUCUAAUAGUAGAUUAUGAGACCGAUAGUUUAGAACGUUUGGAGGCCACAAAACGCAAAAGUUCCCAAUCCUCUUCUUCACCUUCCUCAGAUGUCAGCUCUCAGUUAAGUCCUAGUUUAAGCACAGCUCUCCCUUUGGAAGAGGAAUUGGAAAUAAGCCAUACUGUUUAUCAAGGUGAUGGUUUUAAUACCAAGUCCUUAGGAUCUCAAAAGAAAAAUCUAAUACGUACUUUGGAAUCAUCGGCCUUGAAGAAGGAUAUGGCGGCCCGCAUAAAAUACGAUACGCCCUUUCGUGGCAGCAUGACCAUAGAAGUGGAACAUGAACCGCCUUCCGAUCUCGAACGCUCUACGGACAGUGAUCAAUACGAGCCCGAUACCUUGGAUCGCAAACCCAAAAAACAGAGUUUUUGUGAUGUUAAUGCCUGGUCAAAUGUAGAAAUGAAAAGAGCAAAUGACAAUCAAAGUACUCCACCACAAUCGUUGCCAGAUAUGUCGAAAAGACCCGUAAAGGUGGAAUCACAAAACUCGUUUAGAUUAAAACCCAAUGAUACGCCCAGCAGUACAGCCUGUAGAAGGCAGAUUAGUAGAGAUUCCGCCUACGAAAGUCAAGUGGAAUUGAGAAGACCUUGUGGCAAUGAGGAAUUCGAAGAAGACACCAACUCGAAGGUCAGUAAUUUAAGAGAUAUAUACCAGUCUUUGUUGGUAAGACAAAAUAGUGACUGUAGCUGUAAAUGUGGCGGACAGGCCACAAGUAUGUUUUUGCAGGAACAAAUAGAAGAUCUCAGCGACAAGGGACGCAUUUUGACACUAGAAGCUAAACACUCACGCCGACAACGACCCAGUCAACCGCCUACACCGCCGGCUAUGGUGGAAAUCUCCAAUGAGUCUUCCAACAAGUGUACCAUAAAGAUAACAACACCUAAAGCGAGCAGGGUCAAUGUACAGGCGGACAAGAGACCCACCGAGUAUGUGGAGCCAAGAGUUCAUCAGAAACCGGUAAAGGAGGACAAUAAUACUACAUCGACCAAAUACUUACAAUCGCCUAGGCAAUUACGCAGUCUCAGCGCCACACCUCCGUCGCGUAUAAAACGCAGUUUAUCGCAAUCACCACAAACACCACCGCCACCACCACCACCCACUUCGGCCUCUACUACCCUAAAUAGUCGCACCAGUCGGGCUUCAUCUAAUACACAACAUCAAUACCGAGCACAUUCCCAUACAGAGGAAGAGACCAUGAGUAAUCAUAGUGAGUCUACCGAAGUCACUGGCAUAUCCGGUACCAUGACUAACUCGGAAUUUGGCGGAACUAUGGAUAAGAAGACUCCGCCCAACAAACUCCAUAAAACGGAUAAAACUUUGGAAAAACCUAAACAUGAGAAUAUAAACUCCGCUAAAGAUUCCACUAAAGCCGACAAGACUGAAGCCCAACAGACGGCUAAAAAGUUAAGGGAAGACGAUUUUGGUGCCAUAUUUAAUACCCAUAUCAAUGGUCUGAGAAAUGAUUAUAGUUUGAAUAAAUAUUUGAAUCGUAGGAAAUCCCAAGAUCGUAGUGAAGAUCCAGCACAAGAGGGACUCAAUGCCACAGCUCAACAAUUGGAGUUGCAAAUAGAAAAUAAUAAUAAUUUGAAACAUAGCGCCGAAAUAGAUCCCAAUAAAAUCGAUGUGGUAUCGUUAAGUUCUAGAUCGAAUAGAUCUAGUAGUCGUUUAUCGGAUCGUACUAAAGAAAUGUAUCGUAAUGCGGGGGUGCCGGUAGGUAUAGCCUAUCCGCAACGUAAUAAUGCCAAUAAUAAUAACAACAGCAAUAGUAAUAAUAAUAAUAAUAGCAGCAGUAAUAGCAAUCCUGCCACCCCCAAUCCUCCUGCCAAUAAUGUACAAACUGUUUAUAGAUGUGAAAUAGAACCCGUGCAACUAACCCAUGGCAUGCAAAUAGCCAUGGGCCUUAAAGAUCGCCCCAAAAAAGCUAAAGAUAUAAAAAAUGCCUGGAAAAAGUUUGUUAGUAUGGCGGCCUCAAAAUUCAGUCCCACCCAAAGUCCAGCACCGCCAUUUGAUAAAAAAGCUGGUUCCAUUUUAGAAGUACUCGAAAGAGAUGAGGGUAUUUCCUCGCUAAUCGAAGAUCAUCCUCAGGUAUCAACACCCAAAAGUUCAUACUCAGCACCCGCCUCACAAAACUACUAUGAACAGAGAUUUGGUCCGCGCUUACAGGAAAUGGACAGUGGCUAUAUGAGUGCUGAUUCGGGUGAGGCUCACAAGAGAACUUUUUACGAUCGUUAUAAUUUCAAAAUGAUGUCCGAACGUGAUCACAUUAUACGUGUGAGUACUAUUGAAGAUAACUCAGAUGGUGAUAGCACUCUAACGGAUAGGCAUAAGGGUCAAGAAGCUUCUGCGAGACGUGGUUCUAUACUCGAUACCAAUCGUUUCGAAGAUUUUGAACAUAUUAAUGAACAACAGCAGCAGCUACAAAAACAACAGGUUCCUUUAGCAGAAAAUACCAUAGAAGUCAUUGAAGAUGAGAGUGACAAUGAUUCGGAUAAGACUCUAACCAGAUCCAAUACCCAAAGAAGAUCACCUACCCAGUCAUCAUCUUCGACUACAUUUACCUCAGAUGAGGAUGAAGAGGAACCAAUUACCACCAGCUAUGGCUCCUCCGAAACGGAUGGUGAGACUAAUGUCGAUGAUAUGUGGGAGUCGGGAGCCGAAAGUGUAGAGACACAUUCUGUUUUGUAUAAAAAUAUUAGAAAAUCUUUAGAAAGAUAGGAUUAGGAAUAAAUAUGUUAGAUUUAUUUAAGAGUUAUAGUUCUAUAGAAGGGCUAUUUAGUUGAAUAUUUUAGUAUUAAGAGUACUUUUAAAGCUUUACCUGAAUAUAUAUUCCAAACGGUCCUUAAUGAUUAUAUCACAGGACUAAACUAAAUUUCCGUUAGACUAUAGACUACA